AUGGUUGAAUUUGCUGAUGUGUCUCCACUUAAAUACUGCAUCUACAUGAAAGCAGUUAACAAUCUACAUCCCCUUGGUAUCCUUGUUGCUUCUGUGGUUGAAGAGGAUUCCGAUAGCUCGUUACUAGGGAAGGGGCGGGCGGCGAAGAAGUCUGUGCAUACCUGGUGGUGUCCUGAAACCAGCCCUACUUCUCUUUCGGGCUUUGAUGAUGAUUCAUUCCCUUUCGAGCCUGCCCUCGAGUGCCGUAGCCGAGCGCUCUGGCAGUGCAGCCGCCCGUCCUUGCCCGUGUCUCUGCUGCCGGCAGCUUUCGCUUUCGCGGGGCAAAGUCUCGGCCGCCCGGGACAUGGAGGGACGCGCUCUCCCGCCCGGCCCCGCCCGCGGCGGCCGAGGGACGCGGGGCCGGGGCCGGGGCGGGGGCCGGGGCCGGGGCCGGGCUGCGGAGCGGCUGCCCCGGGCCCCCCAUCCCGGGCCGCCCCCGACCCCUCGCCCCGCCGGGCCCGGCCCCGCGGCCGCGGAGGAGCGGCUGCUCCAGGCCCUGGCGGGGCUGAGCCUGGGAGCCCCGCGGGCCGGAGGGAGGCUGGUGCUGCUGCGGGGGCUGCCGGGCUCCGGCAAGAGCACCCUGGCCAGGUAAGCGUGUCCCGGCUCCGGGGAGGGGCAGCGCUUCGUGUGCCCGCCCGGCAGUCGCUGCAGACCCGCCGGGCUGGGGUCGGGGGGAAGCGGGGGAGCCUCGGCCGGGGGCAGCCGCACGGAACUCCCCCGGCUCCAGCCCGCUCCAGGCUGCGCUGUCCCGGGCACCUGUGGCCGUGUCUGAGUGUCCUGCCCGUGGGACUGUGCCAGCUCCCGUUCCGAGCGAACGGUACCUACGAGGAUGCUUCUGGUGAGAUGGACUUAACACCCCGACCAAGGCGACAGCUGAAACGUGAGCACCCCAGUGCUGUAGUCCUUAGUACUGAUGACUUCUUUGUUGAAAAUGGUGUCUACAUCUUUGAGCCUGACUUCUUAGAGGAUGCACACAAGUGGAACCAGAAAAGAGCACGCAAAGCAAUGAAGAAUGGGAAAAGCCCGGUUAUUAUUGAUAAUACCAACAUCCAUGCUUGGGAAAUGAAGCCGUAUGUGAUGAUGGCACGUGAAAAUAGAUAUGAAGUUACAUUCCAAGAACCGGACACACCCUGGAAGUUCAAUGUUCAAGAACUAACAAGAAGGAAUAUUCAUCAUGUCCCCCGGGAAAAGAUACAACGGAUGAAAGAACAAUACGAGCACAAUGUUACCUUUCACAGUGUUCUCCAGUCCGAAAAACCAAGCAGGGAUGAGGGAAGCUGCAGUGGAGCAAGUGCAGCUUAUGGCACAGGUUCCCAUCCCACCCACCAUUCUGCCUUGCCAAGGAGGAGACCUGGCACAGCACGUACAAAUGUGACAUUUAACUGAAGAUAUGCAUUCCUUGGUGUUUUAAUUAUCAGGGUACAAGGCUCUCUAGUUUGACAUUUUUUUUCUAAACUGUUUUUUAUUCUUGUGUUUUUCUACUACAGUUCUAAAUUACUUUUAUUUCUUACUACCUUUAAAUGGCAUUGGACUGUGAUCUCACAGCUCUACAGGACCACUGUAAGAGCACUGUACCCAGUACAAACUCUAUUCCCUCUCAUCUCUCUUCCUCCAGGAAAAUCCAUUCAGGCAUAUGUGAGAUGUACUGGCUCUACCACGUGCCACUUUUUGGUGGUUUUUUUCUACAUCACAGUCUGAUGCUAGCAAUAAACAUUCCUAACUUAUUUCUGUCUUAAGGCCAUUUUGGCCAAUUCUUCCCCCACACAAUUGGCAUUUCUUGCCAUUUUAUUGCUUUAUAUCUGACUGUAUAAACUUUUUGUAUCUACUGGCUUGCCUACAGCAUUAUUGUAACUUUCACCGGCAAAGUGAAUUACGGCAAAAGUAGCUCAACAGAUUGUAGCAAGAUUCGAUGCUGUUCCCUUUUCACUGACUGGAUUCAUGCUGGUCUUACCUUACAUACAGCUUCUCCAGCCUUGAAGCAAAACACUUCAAAAUAGCAAACUUAGCUCUUCACCUGCCAAGACAUAGGAGUUCAUUGAUCCCAAGACGGAGAGGCUCCAAAACUGAAACAUUAGUGUUAGGCUUGUGCAUGUUAACUCCUAAGUGGGAACAGGGCUACAGGAGCAGCUCUGAACAGCUGAAGCAGAAACACAGACCAAGGAACUACUGAAUAAUAACUCUGCAUGGCAUUUUGCUCUGAAUCAAAUAAUCAUAGCUGUUCUUUAAAGCUCUUUUACUGCUAUAUGAAAGUCUGAGGAGAAAAGUACAAGAACUGUGCCAGAAUAGCGAGCAACAUUUCAGAAUUGAAGUGUUCUGUUUGGUGAAAAUAAGAGAACUUUUUAUUAUGCCCUGUGCCACUUUGGACAGCCAAACAACGAUUCUAAUGUUGCAGAGGGUAACAAAACCGAUGGCUUUAGACUGAAACAAAGAUCCUGCUGUAAUGUAAGAACACAGAAUCAAUGGCUUACAAAAUGUCAUCAAACCCUCAGCCACACUGAUGCUAUUGUACAAUACAUCUUUGUGAGAAGUGUUUACAAACUAAACUUCAAACUAUUUUGCAAAUGAAGUGGUAUUUAAUGAGUCUGUUUUUGCAAUAGAACUUUAUUAAAUACAAUCAAGUUUUAAUGUA